GACAGCCCAGUGUCCAGUUCAUCAGUUCUACUUCCUGUCGCUGAGGCACACCUGCAGUGAGUUGAGACAGGUGAGCUUCUGCCUGCAGAAGUGAAGCGCUGCGAGAGAAGGAAGCUGCUGCUUAUCAUCAAACCAAUUUGCAGAAAAUAUCGGUGUGAGGAGCCAACAGCUGAAGCCAUCUGACUGUUUUAUGCGAAUAUUGGGUUGUGAUUUGAUAGCAGACCCCUCUGCCCCACGAGCACUAUGGACUGUCCUGACACGCAGUUCGGCAUUAUGGGUCUGAAACCAGGAUUUGUGGCCGACUCGCAUUCAGCUGCUGCUUUCUGGAAUGGAUUAAAACUCUGAAACCCUGACGGAUUCUCGAACUGAACUCACCAAAGGAAACUUUUUUUCUUUUCGAUACCUGACGUAUAGUGACUGUUGAUUUCAGCGGAGUGUUUCGGUCGCACUGAGACGUUAAAAUGCCGUUCAUGCCAGUGAAGUUCAACCUGCAGAAGCGGGUGAAGCUGGCUCAGGGUCUAUGGAUGCUCUACUGGCUCUCAGUCAUCGUGGGAAUCCUCAUCUUCAGCCUCGGCAUCUUCUUCAAGAUCGAGCUGCGGAAGAGAAGCGAGAUGAUGGACAACAACGAGAGCCAUUUAGUGCCCAACCUGCUGAUCCUGUUGGGUAUGUUGGCCUGCGGGGUCAACGCCUUUGGGGGAAAGGUGUGCCACGACUCUCUGGACCCGGUCAAGUUCGCAAAGUGGAAGCCGAUGCUGAAGCCAUACCUGCUGCUCUGCUGUGGCUUCAACGCCCUGCUGCUGCUGACGGCACUGCUCUGCUUCCUCAUGCAGUUUGCCAUGUACCUGACCCUGGCUGAGGGCCUGAAGAACGGCAUCAAGUUCUACAAGGACACAGACACGCCGGGACGCUGCUUCAUGAAGAGGACGCUGGACAUGACUCAGAUCGAGUUUCGCUGCUGCGGUAACAACAACUUUAGGGACUGGUUUGAGGUGCAGUGGAUCAGCAAUCGCUACCUGGACAUGAGCAACGAUGAGGUCAAAGAUCGUGUCCUCAGUAACGUGGAGGGGAAGUACCUGAUGGACAGCGUCCCGUUUAGCUGCUGUAACCCCGGGUCCCCUCGGCCCUGCCUCCAGCACCACCUGACCAAUAACUCCGCCCACUACGACUACGACCACCGCACCGAGGAGCUCAACAUCUGGACCCGGGGCUGCCGCGAGGCCCUCUUCUCCUACUACAGUGGCAUGAUGACCAGCAUCGGGGCGCUUGUCAUCGCCACCAUCAUCCUGGAGUCGGUGGACAUGGCGGGAUUGAAGUACCUGUGCACGGCUCUGGAGACGAUGACGGACCCGGAGAACCCGGAGUGUGAGAGUGAGGGCUGGCUGCUGGAGAAAGGCGUGAAGGAGACAUUCACCGAGCUGCUGGCCAAGCUGAAGACGCUGGGGAAGACCAACCAGGUGGAGGAGGGCGGGGACGGGCCAGAGGCCACCACCUGAGAGCCCCGCCCACCACAUAGGACUGAGGUCUCCCCCAUCUCCCCCCAUCCCCCUCUCAACCGCCACUUCCCCAGAAAACAGGGAGCGAGAGAGGAGAGGCCUUCCCCGUUUUCUGGAAAUACGCCAUCAUACAUGUAUUAAAAUGCUUGAUUAUUACACACACUUACACUCUCUCACACACACACACACACACACACACACACACUCGUUCAAGUGAAAAAGUCAUUUAAACGUACUGUGGAUGUCGAUAUUUUCCAUUCUGUAAAUAUGUUGAACAAAGUUUAUUUUUAAACAGGAGGAACAGAAACCUGCUGCUGUAAAUAAAACAUCUGGGUUGGGUUUCAAGCUAUAUACAAAUAUUAAAUUAAA